GAGCAGCCUGGAUAUGUCUGCCUCACUGUCGAGUCCUAUCCCACUAUAAUACCCUUUGCUUUGCCGGCUGUUACAUUAGUCUUUCAUGUUCAUUGCCGCAUUGCGUACAUGCUUAAAUUUUACUCCCAUUCAAGUGCUCCGCAUUUCUAUCAACAGUUAUUGUUGUGAUCUAAGAGAACUCUUAUUCAAUUUUUCCCUUCUUAUUUCCUUAUUUGCAAAAAAAAAAAAAAAAUUUGCAUUCCUCUACUUAUUCAAAAACAAAACACUCUCAACACUUCUAUAUCGAUUUAAUUCAAGAAAUGGAAAUAUUUCGCGAAUUUCCAAUUGUUUUUAAUUUGUACAAAAAAUACAGUUAAAAAAAUAUAAAGAAUAAUUGUGAAAGGAUUUUCAAUUUUUUUUACUACGUAGUGGUCAAUAAUAAUCUUCUAAACAAGUGAAUAAUUUCGAAUUGUACUACACCAACACCCGAUUGUAAAGUCAUUUUUAGAAUUGAUUUAUCUGCCUUUGAAAACGAGGAGGAAGGGGAUUUCUUGAUAACCAAGCGAGAGGAGACGUUUUCUCGUCUUUAAAAAAAAAAAUCUGCAACCAUCAAAUCAACCAAGAUGAGUCGAGUUAAAGUCAUGGAGCAGGAAACUGUCCUCAAGAAGCGCCAAACUUUCGUCAGGCGUGUUUCUGAUCUAUUCAAAGAUGGAACAUACAGCGGACCACCGUCACUAUUCCGUCACUCAUCAAUGCAGAAACUCCGUCACUGCUGUCAAAAUUUAAAUCUCUUCCCAUAUUUACUCUACUCAUUUGAGAAUUCAAAAUCCCAUCCAGUCGCAAAAAAAGUAAACAGUCAUCUUGAACAAUACUUGAAAAGAAUAGUGGAAAAUUUAUUUUUCAUUUACACGAGUAUUCGCUAUCUUGUACUGAGGGAAAUACGUUCGGAAACAAAAACAAAAAUUCCAACGGAGAAGAAAAUUGACAAUUUACGAAAAUCAAGAAUAUUUCGUUCCAUUAAACAAAAACCAAAGGAGAUUUCCUAUCUUCUUCUAACAGCAAUUUACUUAGUACCAUUUAUUUUAGUUUUACAAUUAAUCGCUAUUGGUAAUUUAUUGAUAGUCGAAAAGUUCACGCCAGGUUUUAUAUUCUUAGUCACCGCAUUAUUUUGUCUCGGCUAUAUUUCCCUGAAAGUUAUGUUCUGUGACAAGACAGCGAGGAAAACAUUCAAAAACGAAAAAAGGAAAAAGGAAUAAUUAUUGUUAGCAAAUUUUUUUUUUUAUUAAAAAAUACACUUGUCACAAUUCUUUUUUCGUUCUUCUCUGUCCAAAAUUCGAAGGAAAAACUCCAUAAUACGUGGUUCUAUAGCUGUGAUAGAUUUAUUUUUUGUAAAGUAGAUUUUAAGCUUCCUAACUUGAUUUAUUUAUUUUUGUCCUCCUUAAUUUGCCAAAAAAAAUUCUUUUGUAUGAAAAUUAAUUUUUUUUAAUUUAAAUCCAAUUUUUUAAAGUUUACAAAAAUUUAAGUAAAUUUCAUUUAUAUAAAAUUUUAUAAUAAAAUUGUAAUUGUUAAGUCUGUCAAAUUCAUCGGCUUCCGAAAAACAAAAUUAAACACCAUAAUUAUGAUAAUAAAAGCAUAAUAAUUAUUCUACGAGAAAUCUCUUCCAUUUUCGCACUUUUCGGAAUUGUGACUGAUAAAUAUCGAAGGAUAAAAAUGAAUAAAAACUGUAUCCUCUCGGCAUCGUAAGACUGAAAAUUUUUUUUUUUU